UGACUUCCGAAUCUAGUGCCCUAUCUCCAGCAUGUCGCACGGAACUGCCUGGGCUUGUCGAGCACAACAUCGAUUUCAAUCCAGUGGACACUGGUGGGCAUCGACGUAGCCACUCGCUCCUACGGCCAAGAGGAUGCGCGCCGCCCGCUUUCACCAAGUCACUCACUCAGAGGCGUGAUUGCAGCCUCUCCUUCCAACAGCGUUGGGCACCCAAUGUUCAAUUUAGAAUACCGCCUCACGAUAGCUGGUUAUGCGCGUUUGCAUGGUCUGCACACCCGCAGUUCGCUUCCCCAGUCCCCGGUUACUUUGUUGACAAUGAGACGGCAGCGCUUCCGAACGGCUGGGAUAGACUGCCGGGCUGUUGAGUGCCGACCGAUUGCCCAGGGCUCCUUCGAGAUUUCCAUUCUGGGACAUGACCCGGCCAGAACCGCUGCCAUUACCCAGAGACUGCUCAAAUUCCUAAUCUCAGGCCCCAGACUCUGCGCCCAACCUGUCCUGAGGCUCAAACUCGCGUUCAGCCCUGCAAGCUUCCCGUUCAGUAGUAGCUUUCAGAUUCCUUCUGGGAUCGACGCAGAACCAUGGAACGCUUGGGCCGUGACAGUCUUGGGCCAGAGCACGUCAAUGACCACCCUCGUGAGUCACACCCAUCCACAAUUCCCUACCUCCACCCGUUCGAACCAUGGUUCGCGAUCGAAUGUGGACGGGUUUCUGCACCCAUGUGCGUAUCAAGCUGCCAUCUGCAGCGAGAACCUUGCAAUCCCCGCGGCACUUGGCUUGAGUCCACUUCACGCCCCCCCCCCUCCCCUCCCCCCCGGGGCAACGGUGGCACAGUUCAUCUCCAUGAUGCGAAAUGAAGGAAGCGUAGGUACAAGUACAUGUACCCGUGGGUGAGUUUUCAGAUACCUUGAAUUUCCUCGUCACUGCCAACCAGCCAACCGAGCUUGGCGGACCUGAUCUCACCCGCAUUUCGCUACAGAGGCAGUGAUGUGAUGAGCUAGCCGAAGCACACAAGCGAGCCGUUGACGCAACACUCAUCACAUCCACAGACUUGGACUCGGAUAAUCGCUAAACCUAAAUGUCUCUUACCCCCCGUUCACGUGAGCUUGCUCGCUUCCUCACUUGGCUUUCCGUAAAGAGGAGUUGCAUCGUGAUCCCACUCAGAU